CCGCCCUUGAUUCUCAAUUCUUCUUUUCAAAGUAUUGAACCUGGAAGCUGUUAAGCAUCAUUUUCAUAUAAUAGCCUAAGUGCUUUGGGUUAGCUCUUGUGCAUUAAGUUUAAAUCAAAUAUCGUUUCCAUUUUAAUCAACCAAAUCGAACAUGACUCCUGAACAGGAAUACGAAGAUCAGUUCACGCUUCCGAGUCGUAACUUACGAAGUAGAAGUACUGGUUCUUGGAUAGAUCAAGAUGAGGUUAGUGAAGUGAAAAGAUUCAAUGAUUUUACCACCAUUGACUGGUUUGAAGAUGAACUUGAUGUUCAUCGACAAAGGCUUUUGAAACAAAAGACUAUUCGAGGUAAAGCCACGUCUUUGAAAGUAAAACUAAUAUCAUCUACCCAAACUUGGUUGGUUCUUGCAUUAAUGGGUAUACUGAUUGGUCUUAUUGCCAGUUGUUUGAAUAUAAUCACUGCAUGGUUAUCAAGUAUUCGGAUUGGUCAUUGCUCAAAUAAUCUUUAUUUGAAUAAAACAUUUUGUUGUUGGGGCCAAGAUGAUGAAAAUUGCCCUGAAUGGCAGCAUUGGUCUAAUUUUGGAUUGUUCAAUUAUAUUGCUUAUGUCUUAAUUUCAUUGGUUUUUGCAUAUUUGGCUGCUAUUCUUGUUAAGUUAUAUGCUCCAUUUGCAGCUGGUUCAGGUAUAUCAGAAAUUAAAUGUAUCGUUUCCGGUUUUGUAAUGAAAGGGUUCUUGGGCUGGUCAACUCUCUUAAUUAAAAGUGUUGGAUUACCCUUGGCUAUCUCAUCUGGAUUAAGUCUUGGGAAAGAAGGUCCUAGUGUUCAUUAUGCAGUUUGCGUUGGUAAUUCAAUUGCUCGUACUUUUAGCUCUUAUAGAAAAUCUGCAUCUAAAGCUAGAGAAUUCUUGACUGCAACUUCUGCUGCUGGUGUAGCUGUUGCAUUUGGUUCCCCAAUGGGUGGUGUGCUAUUUUCUAUAGAAGAAAUUUCGACAAAUUUCCAAUUAUCUACAAUUUGGAAAUCUUAUGUUUGUUCUUUAAUAGCAGUCACUACUUUAGCUACUAUAAAUCCUUUCAGAACUGGUCAAUUGGUCAUGUUCGAGGUGACUUACGAUACCAAUUGGCAUUAUUUUGAAAUACCUCUCUAUAUUGUGUUAGGGGUAUUCGGUGGUGUAUACGGAAUCUUGGUUUCAAAAUUUAACAAAAGAGUGGUUGCCUUUAGGAAGAAAUAUUUCACUAAUUUUGCAGUUCGUGAAGUUUUAUUGUUAACGCUAUUAACUGCUACAAUAAGUUAUUUUAAUGAAUAUUUAAGAUUGGAUAUGACUGAGUCAAUGGAAAUACUAUUUCAUGAAUGUGAAGCUAAUUUCAAGCAUGAGCUUUGUGAUGAUCAUUCAAACAAAAUAAAACUCUUUACAUCUUUAUUAUUAGCCACAGUCUUAAGAAUGUUCUUUACAAUAAUUACAUAUGGGUGCAAAGUUCCCGCUGGUAUCUUUGUUCCUUCGAUGGCAGCAGGAGCAACAUUUGGUAGAGCUCUUGGGAUGAUUGCUGAUAAGAUCUACGAGCAAAAUAAAGAUUCAUCUAUUUUCCUCACUUGUCCAACUGAUGGUAGAUGUAUUAUCCAGGGUACUUAUGCUUUCUUGGGCGCCGCCGCUGCUUUAAGUGGUAUCACCCAUUUAACAGUAACUGUUGUUAUUAUCAUGUUUGAGUUAACAGGUGCCUUACGUUAUAUAAUCCCAACAAUGAUUGUGGUGGCUAUUACAAAAUCUAUCAAUGAUAAAUGGGGUGAAGGAGGAAUUGCUGAUCAAAUGAUCAAAUUCAAUGGUUUACCUCUCAUUGAUUCCAAGGAAGAGUUUAUUUUUGGGACUACAGUUGCUAGUGCAAUGUCAAGUGUCACAGUGGCUAUCCCGUCAGGACAAAAUGAACCUGUGUUAUUGUCCCAGAUCAAAGCGAUACUCGAAAAAACAGGUUACAGAGGUUAUCCCGUCAUUUUAUCCAACGACCAGCCUAAAAUUGUGGGCUACGUUGUAAGAUCAGAUUUGGAGUAUGUUCUAGCAAAUAAUGAAGGUCUUAAUGAAGAUACGCCUUGUGUAUUUAACUCCAAUGAAUACUCGAGUGAUAUUAUGAAUAUGUCAUCUCUAGUGAAUAAAUCUCCAUUGACUAUUCAUUUGGAUACAAAAUUGGAAUAUGUCCUUGAUAUUUUCAUCAAAUUGGGACCAAGGCAUAUCCUAGUGGAAGAUGCGGGUCUUCUUGUCGGUUCCAUUACUAGAAAAGAUAUUCUUAGAUAUGAGUACACUCUACGUGCAAUCCUUCAUUCAGCUGACAGAACAACUUCUGAAGAACAUUUCGAUGCUAAAGUUUGGCAAUCAAUGCUCUACUUUAGCGAUUCAUUCAGACGAUUUUGGGGUAAGUUGAUACAUAACGACGAAACUCGAUAUUUAUAGACUAGAUCAAUUUUAUUAAAAAAAUAUGUAUUAUUUAUAAAUGCAAUAUUAGC